AUGGGUGCGUUUGGCGCGGCUCAGGCGCCCGGCCCUUUUAAUCCCACGGAGCGUCCGCUGGCAACCCCCAGCAAUAUCACAGCCGCCGUCGCUGAGCUGACACAGCUCGGCAUUGCUGAUCCCUUCUCGAAUCUUCUCAUAAACGGCCAGUCUGACAUUUUCGACUUCUACGUUCGCAAUCCUCUGUCGUUCCAGGCUGACGUUGAAAGCCUUGCCAGCAGCAUUUGGGCUCAAACCAUCAACGCCUUCUCGAGAAAAGGUACAUCGCUACCAAUGCGGGGAACUAUCGAAAUAGCAGAGCCCCGGCUCUUCCUCCGUAGAGAAUCGUUGCGGGUUAUGCAAGCCUUAUUAGGCUGCAUUGGGCUGAUCAGCGUUUUCGGUCUCACCUUCCUGAGACCCAAAACAUUGCUGCGAACGGACCCCGGCCCUUUGGCGACAGCGGCCCUUAUGCUCUCUGCAUCGGAUCCCUGGAUUGAAGAGCGACUGGGCUCGCAUGCACAAAGUCCUGCCAAAACCCUUGAGCAAGCUUUCCUAACUUCCAAGUGGAGUCUACAGUCGACUCUCAUCCGGGGCCAGAUGGAAGUCAAGCUGGAGGAUUUGGGAGGUCCAGAGGCAGACAAAGGGCGGAGGUCGACCGGAGCAGAGGCCUGGCGACCGCUUACACUGCGCCUGUCGGCCAAGAUCGCCCUCAUCAUCGCGAUGCUCGUGUUCAUGAUGACUCUUGGUAUUCUUCAAUGGGUGUCCAGUAGAAACCGAGGUCUCUGCCGGUACACGUUCGUAUCAUCGACGGUCGCCUCCAUUGCCCCUGCCACGGUCCUAGUCCUGCUCGGAUAUUGGGUUUCUGGGUUCGACCGAGCCGCUCGAUCUUUGCUCCCCUACAAAAAGCUCCGAAAGGCAUCGAGUCGGCAGACACUUCUUCUCAACAUCAGAGACACGGUCUUUUUCUGGUCGCCUACUCGACGAAAGACGGAUCAGGUCUUGUUCACUUUAGUCACGUCGGCUGUCAUCCUGCUGGUAGUUCCGGUUGUGAAGCUGAUCGCAGCAGGAUUGUAUGGUGCACAGCCGUCUUUGAGCGAGGACAUCGUGGCAUUUCAGGCCGAUACCAGCCUGCCAGACACUCUUGCCUCGAUCUGGAACGUAUCCGACUUUGACAGCAUCGUGAAGAGGGCCUCAGAAUUUACAGAGUGGACCACAAUCCCGGGCUUCAAUGUGCCCCAGCAACCUGGGAUAAUCAACAAUCUUGUCCUUAGCAACAUUACUAGUGUUGUGUUAUCUUCAACAACGACCAAUCAAACAGACAGCGAACUGAGCGUGCGGGUCCUGGCGGUUGCUGUCGAUAUCAAAUGUACGCCGCUACCGAGUUCGGACUUCAACCUAUCGGCAGAGUACUAUUCAACUUUAAAUCAAGAAUACUAUUCAAGUUCGGCGAGUUGGACAUUUACCUGGUAUUGCAAGUCUGCGACUUGUUCGACCUUGCUCAACCAGACUGUGCAGGUCCAUCAGGCGAUAGUAUCAAAAGAGCAGGGUCUCAGCCCUCCGUACCGAUACCAAGGGUCAAGUUUUGUCCAAAACCCUUAUUAUGAUACGAAGCAAUCGAUGGGAAACUCAGACCUCCCUCCGACCGUAAACACUGCCUUCAACGUCAUCCUAGCAGACGUCUCAGCUCUGAUCAGACCAUAUGACUCUAUUCAGAAUGCCAGCUUGAUGGAACUAGGGGACAAUUCUACCUCCAAGACUAUGUGGGUUGGGAAUGACACGUUUUCAUUCCCCCCACCUACAGUCAGGGCACUCUCUUGCGCUCGUGAAUUGAGCCUUGUUCAAGUGAAUGCGACUUAUGCCAGGACUUCCAAGGUCGUGGUUGGAGAUGUCGAGAAAAUCCUGCCGUGGAGCCCAGUGUCCGUCGAUUUGAGCUCAGUAACGCACGAGCGUGCUUACCCGACAAUGCAACCAUACUGGUUCGCGCCAGUAACCCAACCCACCUCGCAAUAUACCCAAAGUGACGAUAUGGACGGAAAGCUCACCAGCGAUUCCUUGUGGCCCAAGAUUGGCAGCCCCACGAACUUCUGGGAACUCCUCGCCGCCUAUGCAGAGUUUAAAGGAGACAAUUUGACGAGCAUCUUGGACGCUAACAAGCUUGCAGCCGCAACAGAAGCUGUCCUCACGGCAUACUGUACGCAGAUCUUGACGCAAUUGCGCCCUCUGGCACUCGCAUCAGCAGCACCCGACUCCCAAGUUACUCAAUCGCUCGAAGGGAUUUUGAGUCAGCUCGAACCGCGCCUCGUGCAAAGCCUCAACGCCACAAUCGCGCUUGAAAGCCUUUUCGCCCUGAUGCUCUGUUGUCUCGUCUGGCUUUUCAUCCAAUUCCCCAGCGAGUCCAUCCUACCCAAGCCACCUGAUUCGAUUGCCGCCCGAUUUUCGUUGCUGGCAAAUAGCUCCGUCGUUCAAAGGCUGCGCGACGCUGGUGGUGCUGACCUGGAGGCCAUGGGAAUAUGGCAGCAAAAGGCCGCCCUAGGUUGGUGGUUACAUCCAAGCAAGAGCAAGACUGCAGGACCAGAUGGUGCACCUCAUGAUGAGUCUGUGCAAUGGCGCUGGGGAAUCGACGUUGGUUCCGAGGUGAUCUUGCGAAGCUGGAACAGCCCACCAACUGCGGCAGAGACUGCAGAGCUGCUCAAAUUUCGUUCCGAGCCAGGUGUGCCCUAUAUUCCACCCACCGUUGGGGACUCCUGUCCUUCGCUGGUUGGUGAUGGUUCUCGGUUCGACGCACGAGCUGAGGAGCCGGAACUAGAGUCACUGAUGGACCGGGACCAGAAAUAUCUCCUUGACGAGCAUGAUGUCGUCAGACCGACAAUGCGGUCGCCAGGACUAGGACGAGCUCCUGCUAUAUAA